GUCCCUCAGCGCGUCCUGCUGUGCGCAGCGGGUAAAGCUGGGCGUUCACUUACCGUCCGCAUGACAUCAUCUCGAAAGGGAUUUCUCGCACUCGGCCAGUCCCCUAUAAAACCGGCUGUUAUCUCCAACGCUGGAGUCACUGAGAGCACAGCCGCUGCUAUCAAACACGGGACGUCUCGAAAACGGUCUAGCCUAUUUCUACCGCCAUGUCUUCAUACGCGUCUUCAAACUCUCGCCGCGUCAGUCCCGCCGUGAGCGGCGUCAAGUUUGACACGGCGCACCGCAAGAAAGCGUCGCCGAACAUCUUCGAGAACGUCAACCAAGACGUCCUGGUGAAACUCUUCGAGAAAGCAGGAGACCUGAAGGCGGUGGAGAGAGCCAGGAGCAUCCUCGCGCUGCACCAGGAUCCCGAGGGCAUCUCCAAAGCGCUCAUGGCUCUUCAGCAGGACAAGAAGGACAAAUUUAUGCUCAUUACCGGACUGACGCGCCAGUCGCUGAUGUUUCGUUGAGGGAAGUUUUCGUUGGGAAGCUGUGCAGAUGUGUGCACGGAAAAAGAAACCGUGAUCACUUAUGCUGGAGCCUGGUGUUCCUCAAGGCUUUGUACUGAACUUGUGAUUGUGUCCACUCCUUACAGAGUCAUGCUGGCGUGCUGUGAAAAUACAGAGAGAGGAGACUGAACUGAUCCAGAGCGAGAAAGUUGAGCUUAAAGACACCAUGGAGAACAUUUGAAAUAUGGACUGAUGCCAAAUUUGCUUAUGAAGAGGUUCAAUAUCAGCAGUGUCUAUUGCCAUGUAACAGUAUGCUUGAAAAAAAUGUGUUUUGAUAAUCUCAUGAUUCUUCCUUUUUCUUAAAAUGUGUUUUCCUUGAGUAUGAGUCAACACUCAGAUAAUAAAAUGUGUGAAAUAUUUAUAAAUAUUGCUGAAAGCAUUUAGUGAAUGGAUAUCUGCAGGGUGGUUUCUAAGUAGUUUUCAGCUCCAUCUGUUAAAUUCAGAGUUGACAAAACAGCCAUAUUUUUUUAUGGGCACAUGCUUUAAAUGUUUUUUUUAUUUUUAUCUUUUAUGUAGGCUACCAACGUAAAAUGAGGAUAAUAAUGUAAAAAUUCAAAUUCAGUGAUAGAAAAUAUAGACAUAAUUGCUUAUUAGAAUAGAAACUAAUAUGAAUUAUAAUAGGCUAGUAUCUUCAGGAUUGAGACUGUUGCUUAAUUUUUAAUGUGUUAAUAAAUCGCCUAUUCAGUCUAAAUGAAGUAACUUAUGAUUUUAAGGUGCUCUUACAUUUACCGAUGGUCGGCGAAAUUUCACGGGCGAAAUCUAGUCAAGAAUCCAGGUGAUUGGGAAUGUCGCAUGAGAGAAACAAUUCCCCAUGCAGAUUUCCUGUUGAGUUUAUUAUUAUUAUUAUUGUUGUUAUUAUUAUU